AAAGAAGGCUAGAAACAAAGAAAAAUCAAUAAAACUAGAAAUGUCUAUUUACAAUAUUUUUUAAUAAAAAACUAUGAAUAAACUAUUUUACAUAUUUUCUUUUAUAGUUUUAUCACAUGGAUUCCCCACUGAAACGACUUUUAAUAUCUCAAACACAACGAAAAAUCCUUCAACCAGCUUAAUAAUAAAAAGGCAAUAUUCAAAACCAAGAAUUGUUAGUAACAUUUAUCAUUCAAGUCCCGGAUUUAUGUCUCCAAUAAAUCCCAUGGAAAAUCUUCUCCUUUACAUUUUACUUUCGGCCGGAAAAGAUAUUGAUGAUGAAGAUUUUCCGAGAGAAAGUGAGCGAAAACGAUCACCGGAUAUCUUUUCGGACGCAUUAGGAGAUUUAGUUAACGGAAGUAAGGGUGUUUUUUCAAGGAUUGAUGAAACGUUUAGAUCCCCUCGCGAGACUUUCACGGAUUUAGAGAUCCAUCCACACCCGAUGUCGCAAGAAGGAACUUGCAUGUGUUUUAAUAGAAUUAUCCGGACGAGAUCUAAUCACCACUUCGAACCAAUUUUACAUCCAAAAAUAACUAGAGAAAAAGUAAUAAAAAGUGAUGAUUUAAAAGAGAAAAAGAACGCUAACAGAAUAAAAAAGGGCAUGGAUGAAGGAGUGAAGGUUAAUUUUGAAAAUUCGACUCAAAACACAUCAUUUGGUGGCGCCGUUAGGAUCUUGAGGGUUUCCGAUUUAGAUGGAGAUGAAAAAAUUGGAAAAACUACCGAGGGGAACAUAAUAAAUGGAAAUUUUUCUAAUUUAAGUAAAGUUGGGGAUGAUUUUGACGAAAUGAUUUUGGAGUUACAACGUACAUCUCAAAGUGGAGAUGAAGCGUUGAAAAAAAGGGGUAAUGCGGAGAGGGGGCCACCUCCUUGGCUGGAGAGUUUAAAAUCGCCAAAAGAAUUAAAAAAAUUUUCGUAUCAAAAAGAUGUAAAAGAAAAACGGAACGAAUCCACUGAAAAAGUCGACGAUGAUGGGUAUUAUUUUUUAUUCUAUAGCGGUGGUACCGAAAACCGUACCACCGCUAAUAAAAAUGAUUUCAAACGCGACCCAAAAAUCGGUUUUGAAUUUGCAAAUUUUUUAAGAAAAUUACAAAACGUUAAUUACGACCCUUUAAUGGUCGAUAACGAUCAAAAUGUAAUCUUAAAUAUUAUUAAACGAGAUGAUAAUGAAACUGGCCCAACACAAAAAGAAAAGGAAGAAGCACCCCCGAGAUCAAAAGAGAGAAAAAGUGAUAAUGCAACCUCAAAUUCAACUUUAUUUCCGGACGAUUACGAAGAAGACGGUGAAUCACCACCGGAAGGGAAUCAUGAAAAACAAAGCAAUACUUAUUUAUAUUCAGUAACACUUCCAACAGCUUUGUGUAUCAUUAUUUUAAUAGUAGGUAUAUGUAUCUUAUCGAAACCAGCUGGUCGAUGUUGUGAACGUUUUCUUCGAAAUCCCGAUCAACCUUACCAAGAGCGUGUAAUCAAAUCCCGUGGUGCUUCUCCAAAGGGAAGUGGUCGUAAUAGCAAGGUUUUUAAAGCAUCACGGGAAGACUUAAACGAUCAAGUUCCUCCUCAAGGAACUUACUAUGGUAAGGGACCAUCUCCUCAACCACCGGAGCGGCAUAGUGUUGUUGGUUUUGGAAAUGUUGAGUGGCGAAAACAUCCAGGCAAUGAUUAUAGUGGCCUAAAAGAACACGAAAUUAUUUCAGUUAUGGAUGAUAAAGAAUAUGAAAAGGAAAUUAACAAGAAUAAAAAUGAGGAAAAAGCCGUUCCUUUUGGUGAUGUUAGAAUUUAAAAAAAAAGGAAAAUGAUUUUCUAUUUUUAUAAUUUAUAAUGUUAGUUAUUUUUUUAAUAGUGAU